UCGUCCCUGCCACAUCUCUCUCUCUCUCUCUCUCUGCAACUACCUCUCUCUCUCUCUUCCUCUCUCCCAAAAAGAAAAAUGAAUGUUAAAAACCCACCUCUGCUAUCUUCAGCCUCACCCAUCAUCGGAAUUCUGUUGAUCAGUUAUGUCAGUUCAGCGGUCGGAACAGAAGCUUCCUCCGACCAUGAUUUGUCCUACGUGGAAGGAACCACCGCCUCCCUCUCCAUGGCCGUCGCCGACAAGGACAACCCCAAUAACCACACCGCUCCACGGUGGCGAUCGGAGGAGCGGACGCCGGACUGCACGGUCUGGAGCCGGGCAUGCUCGGAGGAGGUGCUGAAACUGGCCAUGGAGCCGGAGACCGUCCGGUGGCUCAAGGACAUCCGGCGGAGAAUCCAUGAGAACCCAGAACUCGCUUUCGAAGAAUUCGAGACCAGCCGCCUGGUCCGCCGGGAACUUGACAGAAUGGAGGUCGGCUACCGGUUCCCGCUCGCCAACACCGGGGUCCGCGCAGCCAUCGGCACCGGUGGCCCGCCCUUCGUCGCCAUCAGGGCCGACAUGGAUGCCCUCCCAAUUCAGGAAGCGGUAGAGUGGGAGCACAAGAGCAAGGUGGCCGGAAAAAUGCAUGCCUGCGGGCACGAUGCCCAUGUCGCCAUGCUUCUCGGCGCAGCCAAGAUUCUCAAGUCCCGCCAGCAUCAUUUGAAGGGGACGGUGAUAUUACUCUUCCAGCCAGCAGAAGAGGCCGGAAAUGGUGCCAAGCGGAUGAUAGAAGACGGGGCCCUGGACGAUGUGGAGGCCAUAUUGGCGGUUCAUGUGUCGCAUCAACAUCCAACCGGUGUCAUUGGGUCGAGACCGGGAGCUCUGCUAGCUGGCUGUGGCUUCUUCCGAGCCGUGAUCAAUGGAAACCCAUACCUCUCAGUCGACCCUAUUUUGGCUGCCUCCGCAGCUGUCAUCAGCCUGCAGGGGAUCGUGUCUCGAGAGGCCAAUCCCUUGGACUCUCAGGUGGUAUCGGUGGCUUCAUUCACCGGAGGCGACCAUCUCGACGUCAUACCAGAAACUGUGGUUCUUGGGGGCACAUUCAGAGCCUUCUCCAACGCAAGCUUUCACCAACUUCUCAAGAGAAUACAAGAGGUGAUUGUAGAGCAAGCAAGAGUGUUCAGAUGCUCGGCAACAGUCGACUUCUUCCAAAAGGAUUACACAAUCUAUCCCCCAACGGUGAACGACCAAGGGAUAUACGAGCACGUGAGGAAGGUGGCGGUGGAUCUGUGGGGCGCCGCCAAGUUCACGGUGGUGCCGCCAAUGAUGGGGGCGGAGGACUUCUCCUUCUACUCAGAGCUGGUUCCGGCGGCCUACUUCUACGUCGGCAUAAGGAAUGAAACGUUAGGGUCGGUGCACUCCGGCCACUCGCCUCACUUCAUGAUCGAUGAAGAAGCUCUGCCUGUCGGCGCUGCAGCUCAUGCUGCCAUGGCGGAAAGGUACCUCAACGAGCACAGAACAUGACGGCAACGGCGAUGAGGGUUUGAACAGGAAAGAAUUUCAUCGUCGGAAUGGGGAAAUUUAGCUGAAGAAUGCUUGCUCUUCAGUGCUGUAAUUGUAGCCUCUCCUUUCCCCAUAUCAAGGAAUUGCAUUAUAUCACAAAAAAAGACGUAAGAUCUACAGGUGUACAAUCAUGAAAAGUAAUCCCGGAUCUGGGUCGAAUUCGAUCGGUCCUAAUGACCCGGUCUUACGGUUCCCUUUUCAAGUAUAUACGGAAAAGGUUUGUCUUGUAUUUGUGUGUAAAAUAAUAAUAAAUUAAGAUAAACAAUUCUACA